CAAGGCGGUGGAUCGCAUCACCCUCUUUGUUUGUAGCCUAUGUAGCGGCUGUUGACGGCGACAAGCUACUGAUGUGUUGCUGUCUUAGGGUCCUGUUCGUGUCGCGGUGCGAUUGUGGAGCGAUUGUGUUAAGCGUGUUGUGGCGUCUUUUCUAUAGGAACCUUUUGGUUAAUAAUAAAAACCAAAUAUAGUAGUUGUUAGAACACCUAGUGAAGAAAGUGUACAGGAUUAGAAAUGACAGCGGGCGAGCAGCAAAAGGCAAAUGGGCAUGUUGAACCGAAAGUUCGUGUUCUAAAGCUUCAGGAUGACGUAGGUUUCCGGACUCUCCCCGACCAGAGUGUAAGACGCCAUUUUCAACAUGGGUUUGCGUUCAACAUACUUUGCAUCGGGGAAACCGGAAUCGGAAAAAGCACCCUCAUGGAUUCUUUGUUUAAUUUCUCUUUUGACCUGCCGACAUCAACGCACGACCAUCCCGAUGUGAAGAUUAUGUCAAAAUCAUUCGAACUAAUGGAAAACAAUGUUAAGCUAAACGUUGGAAUUGUUGAAACUAUCGGCUACGGAGACCAGAUCAACAAACAGAAGAGCUGUCAGGCCAUCAUCGACUACAUCGACGCCAAGUUUGAGGGAUAUCUCCAGGAAGAGCUUCAGAUUAGCCGCAAGUUGAACACUUUUCGUGACGGCCGCAUUCACGUCUGUUUGUACUUCAUUACGCCAACGGGACAUGGACUAAAGGCGUUGGACCUUAUAUGCAUGAAGCAACUCGACUCUAAGGUGAAUUUGAUUCCAGUGAUAGCGAAAAGCGAUAUCAUCUCAAAGCAAGACCUCAUUGCGUUUAAGCGCCGUGUGCAAAGUGAGCUGACUAAUAGCGGUGUGCAAAUCUAUCAGUUUCCCGUUGAUGAUCCCAUGUCGCCGCAGGAUGCCAACCGUCAGUACAACGCAUUAAUGCCGUUCGCCGUCAUUGGUUCCCGGGAUCUCGUCCGUGUUGGUACCAAAAUGGUGCGGGCGCGACAAUAUCCCUGGGGGGUUGUCCAAAUCGAGAAUGAGGCGCAUUGCGAUUUCACACGGUUGCGUGACGCUGUUUUGCGGUAUAAUUUAGCCGACCUGGUCGAGUCCACUCAUGUGAAGCACUAUGAGCUCUACAGACGUAUGCGGCUCAUCGCCAUGGGUUUCGGAGAUGCCGGCAUCGGAGAUUCGUCGACGUUUGAACGAAAGUGGGCAGAGCACCGGGCUUCGCUACAAAAGCGUGAAGACGACAUGCGGCAAACGUUUGUCGACAAAGUGAAGGACAAGGAGACCCAGCUGAAAGAUAAGGAACGCGAAAUGAACUUGCGAUUCGAUUCUUUGCAUAAGGAGGUUUUAAUGCACCAGAAAAGACUCGAUGAAGAUAAACGAAUCCUCGAAGAAAAGAUAAACGAGUUGCAAAGAAAGCGCCAGCUUGUUCAGCAACACAAUACUAUGACUCUUGGCAAGAGCAAACGACGAUAGAUGAAAGACGCGAGGUGACAUAAAAAGUGUCCCAGCUUUUCAAACUAUUGACCAGUUGGGACCACCAUGGGAAGAAGCCGCGAAUCAUCAAACCACUAUCACGAAUCAGCUCCGUAGUAACAUAAUUUAAAAUCUGCCACCUGUAUCGAACCAGGUUAAGUAAUGUAUCACCAUCAUAAAGUACAGAAACAGGAACAAUUUCAUCCAAAACGCUGAAUAAGCGCAAUUAACUGAACCAGCCGUUUGAUCAAAAACUCAGAAGAACACAAAAGUUUUUUGUAUGGGAAAGGUAUGGCGUUACUGGCCCGACGUGCUCAAGAUUUAGCUGUCUGUCGGUCGGUUUCCACUGUCCGAGGGCAGAAUAGCGGUCGAAAUCAACCUCAACUCCUGUAUACUUAAAAAUUAGAAAUUAACAGAGAGUUACCGGUAGCUAAUGUGAAAUCAAGUAAAAGCUGUAUUUCAUAAAGCUAUAAGUUCGUGCGUGAUCAAUAAACAGUGUAAUAAUACGCGUAAUGAGAUGCAAGGCUUAACGUGUGUCGUCGUCCGAAGAUCGCUAAAUCGAUUUUUAUGUGGUAACUAAUUAGCAACAGUAAAACAAAGAAACGACUCAUGAGACCUGACGUCACCCCUGUUCCUCUUAACCUGAUAAAGCUUUGCUGAAACUAAGGAGGCUUAUUAUAGUAUUCCUGAUCGAUCAUGCAAACGACGAGAACGAACAUCAGUAGUUUGAUCAGUAGAAAAGUGUGAAUGGAACAAGAUUUUUUGCUCAGUGUUUGCCUAUUCCAACUCCAGAUCUAACAACUGAUAACAGGGCUGACGGCAGAUGUUUUCCUGUAUUGAGUUUGCAUGGUAGAGACUGCUUUGGUUUUCCUUAAGAGGAAAUCGUGUAGUGGGCUUGAAACUUAAGGACAUACGGACAUUUUUUAUUAAAGAACAAUCGCCUUUGCAUAAAGCUAAAGGCGAAUUGUGUUCGAUUUCGACGAAGCAAAAAAGGAAACGAAGAAUACUUUACGAAGAACCUUUGCAUACUAAAUAGACAAAUACCUAUCAUAUCUGCACGUGGAUGUAUAAGUGAAUAGAAAUUUCGCUUUUGAACAAUCUGAACGGCGAUCAAUUGAUUGCAAUUGAUAAUGAUGCCAACUUAGAUACUGAAUGAAACGCUUGCUUUAAAGUAGUUGAACAUUACUCUAACAACGCCCUUUCUAUAUGACUUUUUGUGUUCUCGUCAAGCGUUCAUUUUAAGAGCCGGACAAUAAAUAUAUACAUAUAUAUAUAUGAAGUAUUAAAGGAAGGCUAGUUAUUUAAUUGUAAGUAACAAAUACUUUGGUUUUUACCGUCCUUGCCUUCUGUAGACAAAUUUGGAUAUGCUUCAUAUAGUGAAAAUAUUACGCUGCGUUUUGUUUAGGUUUUUUUUUAUACUAAUAUAUUAUCAGGUUGAAUUCAAGACAGUAGUUUGUGCUAGUUAAGCAGGCUACCGAUGCUUUUAACGUGAAAGCGGUGUGGCAUACCUUAGACUACAAGCAAUUUUGACAAGCCACAUGAACGUGACUACAUUGUACUAUAGUUUACUAUGAACAAUCAUUGCGUCACGUUAAGAAGAUUUGUUACAAAAAUUGUGAAAAGCAUUUUGCUUUUCAGUGUGAUUGAAGCUUAGGGGUAACAAGGACCGAACAAGUUUGUGCUUACCAACUACAACGGUCAUGUAAAGUGAUAUGGGAUAAAAAACGAUGAACCAUAUCGUCCUUAUAUUGACAACUAGUUAACUUGAUUAGCCAAAUAAGGGUACAGAGACCCGCACUCACAUUAUAGAGCUUUUCAAGAAAAGGCUCGAGUUUUUGUCGGUGCCUCGACGUUCCUUGUUUUAGGGUCACUUCUUUUAUAAGUUUUUGAGAUAAUCCUACAUAUCAAUAUUAAAAUCUAUAGUAGGAAAAAUGACUGUUUAGAAUCAGCAAUUGAAUGACGAUUAAAGUCGUACAUACGACCCAUUUUUAAUAAUAAGUGUCCUGACCCAUUGAAACGUACUUGCCUUUUGAAUGUCGAGGCAAACUAAUACAGUUAAAUGUUUCUUGUUUUCUUUCCUUUUUAAUGUCUAAAGUAACGUUUGUCGCGUCUCACAGAGGCUAAAAUAAUAUCUGGGUCUGAAAGAGGCUAUGCCAUUAAACGAAAUGAAGUGUGCACAUAUGAAAACAUCCAAAAGUAUCGUUGGUAAAAGUCAACGAUAAACCUAGUCUAGUAAUAUAUAUAUAUAUAUAUAUAUAUAUAUAUAUAUAUAUAUAUUAUAAUAUCUAUAUGUAUACUAUAGCCUGAGAUUUAGUCAGUUCUAAGUCGUUCGGAAUCCGGGAGAUUUUUAAAAAGCAGAGCAUGGACGAAAUUAAGUAAUCGUGCUUUCCAACUGUUUGUUUUCUCUUGUACGGUCCUACGGUCACUAAAGUAGAACAGGACAGCAUUUCCCCGGAAUCUAAAAUGCCGAAGGAAAUGCAUUGGAGUGACAGGGACAAUAGUCGUGCCUUGACACUGAUUUCGAUAUCAAAAUUUCAACCAGUGAAUCUUUGAACUGGUUUGAACCCUGAUCGAUAUAAAUGCAAUUAAAUAGGAGAAAAAUUAUUUGGUCUAUUGAAUUCAAUAAUUCUACUAGGUACUAUCCCUAUAAAAAUAGCUUGCGCGUGUUUAGGGAAGACUGUAAGCCGAUUUAAAAUAUAAAUUAAGUAUUAUGAUUCUUGUGUAACAUUCUAGUCUCUUUUGUGGCUUUAUACCACACUAGACGCUUUGUCAAAUUUAAAGCGGUAACGAAGCCAUUUACAUGGACUCAAAAUAUUCCUUGUUAUCAAGCCUUCAUUAGUUCUACGUCCUGUGUGUGUGUUUCAUCUUCGAAACAUCUUCCAGUAGACGGUUUUUAGCAAUACUGCAUAGUUGUACUCGAAAUGUAUAUAUAAGUGGCAAUGGCUAUGUAGAACCGCUCCACUCAUGGCGGCUUUCGACUUACCAGCAACUAACUCCGUAUUGGCUUGUAGUAAGUUCUCUUCCACAAAAUCGUUUUCUUCAAAGGGUUUUUCAAAUUGGUAGUUUAGCCCCCGGGUCAAAGUUAGUGUGAUAUUAUGCCCAUUCUGCCAAAUAUUCAUAUAUUUGAGCCUCUUGCUUCGAAAAGUACCUAUCGAGAAAUUCUGAUGCAACGGAAUGGCUGAUACUCAUAAAACCUGCCUGGUGGCUAAAGCCCUUUGGAGCAUCUUUCUAAUAGUUUUUGUCAUUGUGAUCAUUAUGUUUUAAUACGUAACCUGGAUGCCACAAAGACCAGUGCGUUUUAAAAAUCUCAAGUCUGCUAUAUGGUUACAACGGUCCUACGUGAAGCUAUUUGAGCUCAUUUGCCUAUAGUUCAGCCUAUAUGGGCUUCAGUCCAAGCAUUAAUUUUUGAAAUAAAUAUAGUGAAUAUUUCGUCAACCGUGUUUGCCUAUGGAUGUCAUGAUUUUGUCAGACCUUUUGAUCAAAUCUGUAUUUUUUGACGAAUGAAUAGAGUGUCAUCUCUACUUAUCUACUAAACAAUAGAUUAUUCAAUUUCUUUGAUCUUCAGGAAAUAUAUACAAUCCAUGGUAUAUUGCACAGAUGUAAGUGAGGCUCUGCAUAACGGUUUUCAAAUGGUUUUAUAAAGGUAAAUUCUCUAUUUUUAUGUAACCCUAAAUAAUAACACUCUCAUCGGUCCAUCACUUUGAGACACACCAUCCUAGACUCUUAACCAAAAAAUUGACUAGAGGUCUUACUGUUCUUCAUGAAUUGCCUUGUUUCGAUAAACAUUAGAGUGGUAAUGACUGCAAAACUCCGGAUCAAUUUGCAGCUACCUCAGCUCUACCAUUACUGAAUUCAUACUUGUGCCAUUCAACCGCGUGCUCCUACUCAGCUAGUCGAUUAACAACAAGCAUAAGUUUUGCUAAGUCAAGUUAACAAAACAGAAAACAGUCAACAAAAAGGGCCCUGUGCAAGGAGAACGUGAAGAUCACGUCAGAACAGUUAGCUAUUAGCGAAUCGCUUUGCCUGAAAGAGUUCUCGUCGCAAUUCCAGCACAGCUACUGCUAAGUCUGUUGAAUUAACUCUAACAGCAUUAAAGUAAGAAGAAUAGAAGAAUUAUUUUCAAAGUUAAUUUUUGUAACCCCGUAGCGUCCUGCUUCUUCGCCAGCCACUAUAAAUUCUGGCCUUCCGAAAAAGGAACGCAAGCACUUUUUUAGGACUGUUCUUAAAUAAUUUUGCCUUUUCAUUGUGUAACAUAAUGCAAUACGCUGUGCAUACAGGGAGACACAAUAUAAGUCACGUUCUGAUUGUGAAUCAAUUUUUUCUUACUUUUGAGUUGUAGUCAACAACAUCUAUGAUCUACGCUACAGCAACUGAUUUAUUGACUAUUUACAAACCUUGGUAAUAUCUGCUUUUAUAUAUACGCCAUAGAAGCAAGUUUUGUUCUACCAAUGUUUGCCGUCUCGAUCACUGACAGCGACAUAGAGAUGCAGAGGACCACUUAUAGCUAGCUACAAAGCUACAAAUUGCUAGAUGCGUCGAACAGCAGACAUAAAGGUAAAGCUUAGGGUUAAUAUUAAUGUCAUAUUUAAAUUGAUACGCUGGCUUGAAGCGAAACAGACAUGCCGAACAUUUGAAUAGUGUUAAAAUUACAAUUGUGUAUUUCUAUUCGCGUGCCAUUCGUACACAUUGGGUAUGAAUUUGGCUUUUUCGUCUGCUAGUCAGAAAACUGCCGUGAACCGAAGCUUUCGCGUGAUAACUGAAAUGUCGCCGUACUCAUACAGAUAGCCAUACUAAUAAUAACAAUAUUAAAAAAAUUCACAAAGAGAGCUACGGGCAAAAAUUGGGAACUACAAACCAAUUAAAAAAGAGUGUUUAGUUCAUUGCGCAUUGUCUUAAAUGUUGUUUGAAACUGUAUUUAUUGUCCUCUACUAAACUGAACCGCCUGGCUUUAAAUUUUCCUCCUCACUAUAGAAGUACAGUUAUUUGAGUAAGCAGAGCAACUUUACGAGAAGUUUAGUUUAUUCAAGUUCAAAUGAUGCAGCAAUUUGGAGAGACUGAGGUGCCAAGCAUCAUAUGAUAGUUUCAUGUGACAUUUCUAACGUAGGAACAACAACAAAACUGCACCAACUCACCUACUGAACACAGUAGUUAAAUAUGGACAAAAUAUUUCGCAAUGGAUUAAGAGUGGUAAGGAGUUCAAGGUCCCGCCAACGAACAUACUAUACAAACGGAAGGAGGUUGUCAUUGAUUGAACGCUUGUCAAUUUUCGUACUUGCCGCUAAUCAUACAACCAAAAUUACGGAACCAAUUAAAUUCCUAGCAGUUUUUAUCAAAACUAAAAAAAAAUGUGUCCCUAAUGGCGCCAAAUGUGUAGACAUUUGACUAGAAAAACUAACGUACCCAAAUAAGACUAUUGAUUUUCAAUAUGGAUAGUAAUAAUCUCAUUGUUACUGACAAAUGCCUUAUUGAAGUAAGAAUAUAAGGAAAUAA